AUGGCGUGGACAGAACCCCGUGUAUUUGUCAUCCACGCAGGAGAAGACAAGGAGUCAUUUGUUCGCCCUUUGGUCACCAAACUACUGCAACAGGGUUUAGCCGAAGAAGAUGUCUUUUUCGAUGAACAUUCUAUUCAGCCUGGCCAGGGCAUUCGGGACAUGAUAAUGUCGGCGUUAUCAUGUGAACGUUUGGAACUUGCCGUCAUUGUCGUCAGCAAGUCAUUUCUUGAGAAACCCUACUGGCCUAAGCUAGAAUUUGAAACAUGUAUCAGAAACGGGAAAGCUAUUUUUCCUAUUUGGAUCGAUGACAAUGACGACAACUUCCGGACAUUCAGUCAGUCUGUGCAAAGAUACUCCCCCACACUGAAACAGAUGAGAGCAAUGUGCGUACAGAGAAGAGACGCUACGGAUAGGCUGACAAAUAUCGCAGCUGAAGUCGUGAAGCGACUCUCCCCCCCAGGAAUCCGAGCACUCCUUUACCUCGGCUUAUCAAAAUUAAGCCGUUUCUUCACAGGACAAAGCCGUCAUACAGAGGCCAAUAAUGGAGAGCAAAUAGAGGACAAACUGAAGGAAAGGCGUUUAGAGUUAAUUAGAACAUGGGGAGAAGAUCAGCUACAACUGUUGGAGAGAGCAGAAAGACUGCUAUCGAGGGAAGAUAUAGUAAAGCGCACCAACGAGAUUCUGUCACAAUCAUCUCAACUGGGGCUUGAUGUUGUGGGUAUCAAGAUGGGCUGUGCAAUCUUGCACUUGAUGCCGAGAAACCUAGCGUGUUUGGAAAAGUUUUGGGCAGCCUAUAUGUCUGGACAGCUCGGUAUUGACUUCUCACGCCGUCUCAUCACUGCCGAGAUGAGAAACAUCGCUGGACAAGACUUAGAGGUGCGGGUCCUGAUGAUGGAAGAGCAGUAUUCGCAGUGGACAGAAUACUUCAAUGCGCGAGCAAUCGACGCAGGAUCAUUGACGGUGCGGAAGUCAGCCGAGCACAAGGUCAAGAUGGAUCAAACCAUGAGCGAACACCAUCGACAAAUCCUCCGCCACAAUCGACAAACCAUCGUAGAAAAUCUCUAUGUUACAUCUGUGUUAGACUAUCUAUACCAGGAGGGUGUGCUCGAAGAAGAGAUGAUGCAAACUAUACGUGCAAUACCUAAGGAACAACGAAGCGAACGUGCCAGAGCAUUGCUAGAUAUUCUCCCGUCAAGAGGGGACCGUGCGUUUGGACUUUUUUGCGAAGCACUCGACAAAAGCCAUUAUGGUUAUUUGGCAAAUACUCUAAGAGAAGCCGAGCGGACGUCACUGCUUGAAGUGCUAGUGCCGAUGAAAGUACUCCCUGUGGUUGAGGCCUGUGCAGUGGCACUGAAGGACCACUACCGGUAUACAUACAACAAGUAUUACCCACUAAGCUGGUAUGCCUUUCGUCUGGACACAGCAGGAGUUUACAUACACAACCAGCUGACAAGAGUUGACCGCCCACGGGCAGACAAGAUGGAUCCAAUAUCAGAGGAUAGACUGACAUUGGACGAGAAGAACACGCUGCUUCAAGGCGCACCUGGGACAGGGAAGACUACGUUCAUCUAUCACCAGGCCUACAAAUGGGCUAAAGAUGAAAAUCUGAAGCUACAGGACGUCAAGCUUCUUUUCGUCCUAACAGCGCGAAGCACGGGUGAUAAAAACGUGCUAGAGGAGGCCUGCGACCAGUUGCUACCGAGGGGGUUUCUCGACGAGAAGAGUGUAAAAGAACUUGAGAGAUGGAUAGAACUAAACCCAGGCCGCACCAUGUUUAUGAUCGAGAACAUAGACGAAACUCCAAACAUCACCGAACAGGACGCACAGAUGCCGUUGAAAACGAGAAAUCCCGUCCUUCAGUAUUUGCAAAGGAAGUAUCUGCCCAAAACCCGGAGGGUAUUCACAACAAGAAGCACAGAACUGACAACCGAAGGAAGAAGACCACUGCCAAUCCACAUCCCCCCGCUCUGCGAUGCUCACUAUGUCUUCAACGGCUACUCGGAUGCCGCUACAGAGUACAUUCAGAAGUUUUUUGGCGACGAUGACGAGAAGGCCCAGAGCUUGCGAGAAGCCAUCUCAGUCGAUGAGUGUCUCCAAGACAUCGUCAGGAACCCUCUGUACGCGGUACUGAUUUGCAUUUUGUGGGAGAAUGACCAGGAGAAACCCAGCACAUGUACGGAGGUCUUCAGCAAGGUGAUAGAUCUCCUUGAGAAAAACUAUCUCGAAAAGUCUGGCCAUUUGUUGACCCCUGAAGCUGUGGAGGAAAGUCUUCGCAAUCUUGCAAAAUUGGGAUGGGAUUCAAUUGAACAUGAUGAGUAUGACUUCAGCAUUGACACUGUCAAAGACACUGGCAAUGGCACUUUCCUUCUCGUUGAAAUGGGCCUGAUCGUGAAAGACCCCCUAAGGAUAGAGGACCGUUACAAGUUCCAACACAAGACAUUCAAAGAGUAUUUCGCGGCAAAGUACGCCAUGAGUAGACCUGAGGGAGAUGAGUGCCAUCGUAAGCUGUGGUCCCCCGAAUGUACCAGUGGACAGAAGUACACCAAUGUCUGCCUCUUUGCUGCUGGAAUUUUGCAAGCAUCUUGCGGGGAGUACUUCAAAUCGAUGCAGGCAUGCCUUUCAGAGAUGACGAAAGAACAGGCACCACGGUGCUGCAUUCACGACGUCAUCACCCGUGCGUGCUGGGCUGUAAGCGAAUCCGGUGAGAUGACCACCAAUGCUCCACUUGUGGCGAGGUCCCUGCUGGAGGAUAUCAAUCUUGACUUUCAGGACAGGCUUCCUGUAAAACCUGGGGUCAUUCGUGGACUUACAGAAGUUGUCAAAGUUUUACCCGCCGACAAGCUUAAGGCAGUAGACCUAGGAGAGAUGUGGAUUCCACAUGCAAAUGAGUUGAAUGGUCUCGGUAGAGCUCUGGCACAGACCAAGGGUAUCAAAUCUCUGACUGCUACCGUAACACGAAUGGACAUGUCUCUGUCCAAUCCAGAAGAGAAGGACAACAGUGGGAUCCUCGACUUUCAUCGAGGGAUUGCAAAGAAUAGCAGCAUAACGCACCUGACAAUCGAAGCCAGCAUCGACACGAUGAGCGAAGAGGCCAUCAAGGCAAUACCUCAAGCCGUACAAGGAAACACAACUGUCACAGACCUUCGUCUCCUUGUCUACUUUGCUAAGCUGUGUUCAGAAAGAUGUCGGAGGAAAAUUGCCAUGGGUCUCAAGGCGAAGUGUAACAGAGAGAAGAAUGCCAAGGUAUUCUUCGAAUCCUUCGCGGAAGCAUUACGGUCUAACAGAACAUUGCAAUCUCUGCAGCUUAGCAGCUAUAUCUUCCGUCACGGAAUGGCCCUAGAUCAGCUGGCACCCGCGUUGGCAGACCACCCAGGUCUGAGGUCUCUAAGCGUAUCUGGGCCAUGGAGCGGAAGAGGACAUUUCGAAGACGAUGGAACAAACGCACUGGCACAUAUUCUUGAGAAUACGAAGACCCUCUCCUCCGUGACCAUUCGAUUGCAGUCCUUGAGCACCACAGAAGGGGGCGCAGAUCGCGCGGACAUUCUCUGCGCAGCGCUUGCAAGAUGCAGGACUCUGGAAAAGGUCGAGCUUGUCUUCACCUGGAUGUUCGCACGGGAAAAACUCCUGUUGGCAAACUUUGUCAGAGUAAGCCAAACUCUGAAAGAGUUGACACUGGAGUGGAGAAGCAUGAACGAAUCCUUCCUCCUUGCGUUGUGUGAGGCAAUCAAGGGGCAAACAGCGGGAAGCCUGCAGAAGCUCGCACUGACGGGGAGGUUCGCCGCCAAAGGGCAGGCCGAGCUCGGGAGGACCUUCGCCGGUAGCAGGACUCUCCACCACGUCGAGCUGCACGGGAAUCCAUUCCAAGACGAAGGACUACAGGCUUUCGUAGAUGCGGUGAUGCAGAGAGUGACAGAGACCCAAGCCUCUUCCAGUGGAUCGCCGCGCCAGGUGUUGUUGAGUGGGACAGUAGAAGGCGCGCGCACAACAGACGUGAUUCAGGCUACCCAACUGGCAGAAGCGACUCUCGCAGAUUCCCCUGACAUCUCCAUCGCGCUAGGGGAUCUAACCCCAGCUGCACCGGACCCGUUAACGUAUGUUCCAUAG